AUGGAUGCCUCCUGGCAGCACUUGGAUUAUUUUUGGAUAGGUGCACCGGGGACUGGCUUUAAACAAGAAGUAGAGUUCAAGACAUUGCCGGCCUACUGUUUACUCUGUAAAAUGCAGGGCCAUAACAAAAGGACCUGUAGGAAAGACAAGAGCAAACCAGCAUUUGAAAAAGUAGAACAGCAAAAGGUAGCAAAGGAGCCCUGUGAGGUUAGAAGGGAACCGAAUGCUGAAGAAAGGAUAACUGACGUGGGAGGGAAUGAUGGAACAAAGUCUGGCGCGGUGGAAGUUUUGGAAGGACCCAUUCGGACUGGAGAGGAGAAUGUGAGAAUGACAAAGCAAGAAGGAGAGCGGGGCCUGGGCACGUCAAGGGGAAGGUUGAAGAAGCUAGAAAAAAAAUUCAACAUUAAAGUUGUAGCGUUAGCAGAGACAUUUGUGGAUGAGAGGAAGAUGGAUAAUAUCAAGAAGCUCCUAUGGCUGGAAAACGGGUGCUCUAACCAAGCACAAGCUAGAAAGAUUUGGCUGUUGUGGGAUAAAAGUGUUGACGUGAACGUGGUUCGCAUGAGCGAUCAAUUUAUUAUGGCAAAAAUUUCGGAGUGGAGUACAGAUAUCUUACUAACCUUUGUCUAUGCUAAAUGCAACUAUGGGCUUUGUAGGCAGCUAUGGAAGGACUUGGAGGAGGAAGCGCAGAUGAACUUACCUUGGAUGAUUCUAGGGGACUUCAACGUUAUAAGAACGAACGAUGAAAGAAGGGGGGGUGCUGCUCGCCCUAUGAUAGCAAUGGAGGAAUUUAACAGCUGGAUCAGUGGAUGUGGGCUACUCGAAAUAAGUUCCCAAGGAAAUAGGCUAACCUGGUGUAAUGGGCAAGAAGGUUUAGCAAAGUGUUGGGCUUGGCUAGACAGAGAAUUUAUUAAUACACAGCUCCUAGAGUUGCUCCCUCAGACAUUGUUGACUUACUUGGAGCGUAAUACUUCGGACCACUCCCCAAUGAUAGUCUCCUAUGACCAAAAUUACCAAAGGUACGGGCCAACUCCUUUCCGUUUUCAACAAAUGUGGAUGGAACAUAAAGAUUUUUUUACUCUAGCUAAAAAGUGUUGGGAGAAGGAAGAGACUGGAAGAGGAUUGGAGAAGCUGGCCUUUAAACUGAAGCAGGUGCUUAAAACAUGGAACAAAGAAAAAUUUGGUCGAGUGGAAACAGUGAUCCGAGAACUAGAGCAGAGAAUUGAAGCACUUGAUUUGCACCUACAGGAGGGAUAUGAGGAAGCAGUGGAACAAGAUCUACUUAUUUCGAAAAUGGAAUUAGAAACAUGGAAAAAGAGGGAGGAGUCUAUGCUAGCACAAAAGGCCAAAGUUAAAUGGCUUAGAGCAAGGGACAACAACACUCGUUUCUUUCACUCAGUUUUGAAGAGAAGGCAGCAAAAUCAAGUUAAUCAAAUGCUUAAAGCUGAUGGAACUUCCUUUGAAUCUCCUGAAGCAGUUCACAAGGGAGCAGUUACAUACUUUCAAGAAUUGUUGAGCAAAGGAGGAGAGGGGGGCCUACCAGAACUGAACCCAUUCAUAGACAAAAUUAUAACAGAAGAGGAAAAUAAAGAAAUCACAAAAAGUCCCUCAGUAGAAGAAAUUCAGCUGGCACUUUUCAGCAUUCCAACGGAAAGCAGCCCGGGGCCAGAUGGAUUUGGCUCGGGUUUUUAUAGACAUUGUUAG